AUUACACACGUCUGAAAGAACAGUAAGGUUUGUGUCUUCUUGGAAAUCCACAUAGAAAACCAUCACUCGGUGAGCGAUUACACACGUCUGAAAACAUGGCGACUUUAGUGGAGGCAACAUCAUCGCAGCAGUUUGAGGACUUGCUAUCAAAGGCUGGAAAGUUCUUGACGGUGGUCCACUUCCAGGCAGCAUGGGCCCCUCAGUGCAGUCAGAUGAACGAUGUGAUGGGAGAGCUGGCAAAGGAGAACAAACACACCAUGUUUAUCAAGCUAGAGGCAGAAGCAGUGCCAGAGGUAUCAGAGAAAUAUGAGAUUACCUCAGUCCCUACCUUCCUCUUCUUUAAGGGUGGCCAGAAGAUUGACAGGCUGGACGGCGCUCAUGCCCCAGAGCUGACCAGUAAGGUCCAGAGGCUGUCGGUCAGCUCGGGGGGGCUGGGCGGGCCAGGGGCGGAGCCCCCUAAAGAGGACCUUAAUGAGCGUCUGAAGAGACUGAUCAACGCAGCACCCUGCAUGCUCUUCAUGAAGGGAUCCCCCCAGGAACCCCGCUGUGGUUUCAGCCGUCAGAUAGUGGCGCUUUUCAAGGACCAUGCUAUCCAGUUCAGCAGUUUUGACAUCCUGUCAGACGAGGAAGUGAGAGGGGGGCUGAAGACCUUCUCCAACUGGCCCACCUACCCUCAGGUUUACGUUAACGGAGAACUCGUAGGGGGACUGGACAUUGUCAAGGAACUAGCUGAAUCUGGAGAGCUGGAGAAGACCUGUCCCAAGGCUGUCACACUGGAGCACAGGUUGAAGUCGACCAUCAACAGGAGUCCAGUCAUGCUGUUCAUGAAGGGCAAUAAAGAGCAAGCCAAGUGUGGAUUCAGUCUUCAGAUACUGGAGAUAAUGAACAGCUCAGGGGUGGAAUACAGCACCUUUGAUAUCCUGGAAGAUGAGGAGGUUAGACAGGGUCUGAAGACAUACUCAAACUGGCCAACGUACCCUCAGCUAUACGUCAAUGGAGAACUCAUUGGCGGGCUGGACAUUGUGAAGGAGCUUAAAGACAGUGGAGACCUUUCUUCUGUCCUGAGGGGUGAAUGCUAGAUUCCUGUAGUACUGUUACUGUGAUGGGAAUGAGCUAUGGACUACUGCACUCUUCCUUCCCCUCUCUACCCUCUUCUUCCUCUCUCUACCCUCUUCUUCCUCUCUCUACCCUCUUCUUCCUCUCUCUACCCUCUUCUUCCCCUCUCUACACUCUUCUUCCUCUCUCUACCCUCUUCUUCCUCUCUCUACCCUCUUCUUCCUCCCUCUACCCUCUUCUUCCUCUCUCUACCCUCUUCUUCCCCUCUCUAUCCUCCUCUUUCUCUCUACCCUCCUCUUUCUCUCUACCCUCCUCUUCCCCCCUCUACCCUCCUCUUCCUCUCUCUACCCUCCUCUUCCUCUCUCUACCCUCCUCUUCCCCUCUCUAUCCUAUUCCCCUCUCUAUCCUCUUCUCUACCCUCUUCCCUCUUCUCUCCCCCUCUCUGAAAUACAUUAUAUUAUCCAUCCAUUGAUUUUUCUGAACAUGGCUCAGGUGUCCAAAUGAACCUGAUUGAUCAACCUGCAUUCUGCCAUCAGCUGCAAAUAUAAUAAAGUCAUCCAUGAUGCUA